AUCCGGCUCUGAACGAUCAUGGACGAGCAGCGGGAUGUUCAAACUGCCAAACGAGAUUAUAAUAUGUCUAAAAUCUGCGCAGGAUCCGCAGUGGACAUGGAAAUAAAGAGGCACCGGGUCAGACAGAGCGUUUUGUUCGUGCAGGGAGAGGACGCCGACGUUCAGAAGAAGCUGGACUUUGAGAUGAGGAUGCGCGAAGGGGCGUACAGGCUGCUGCUCGCCUGCACCAAGAGGGAGCAGGUUCUGAACGCCGCCAAGAACCUGCACACGUCCAACGCCAGAGUGAAGGCCUACGUGAGCGAAGUCCACAGGCGGGACGCUAUGGACGUGAUGGACAGACUUACAGAUUCUCGUAUAGAUGAGAGGAAGCCUUGCCCCGGCACCGUUGCUCUGUCUGGGCUUCGGAUUCCUUUGCUGUGGCGAGAUUCCGAUCACUUUAACAACAGAGGAAGUUCUCGUCGGGCGGCGCUCUUCUGCCUCGUGCAGGUCGGCUCUGAGGUGUUUGACACAGAGAUGGUCGUGGUGGACAGGUCCAUGACUGACGUGUGUUUUGAAGGAGUCACCCUUUUCAAAGAGGCACUUCCCCAGUUUGAGCUGAAGGUGGAGCUGUGGAGCUGUGCACUGGAGGAAGAGCUCGCCUUAGUGAACACUCCAAAGAAACUGGCCAAGAAGUUCCGCAGCUCGUUUGGAAAAUCGUCCGGGAAGAAGCUCAGUCCUCUGCUGGACACUCCUGACCCCGAGGCUUUUCUGCAGUACAACCCUGUGCCUCCUGGAUCUAAAUUCAAUCUUCUGGCCUACACCACCCUGCGUCUUCCUCAGGCUGAAGGAAGUUUCCAGUCUCAUUCACUCAUUGUUGUACAAAAUGCGGAGUGGUCGUCCUGGCUCCCUCUUUAUGGAAACCUGUGCUGCCGCCUGGUGGCUCAGCCUGUGUGCAUGACCCAGAGCGUGAGGGCGGGACACCUCUGUCAGAAGUUAAAUGUGGAGGGUCUGAGUCGAUCUCGUCUGCUCUACUGUGACCUGAGCGCUGGUUUAUUGUCGUGUUACUUCACACCUGAGGAGAUUCAAGCUAAAGUGUCUCCGACUCUAAAACUCCCCAUAAACCAGGACACUCGUAUCCAUGUCCUGGAAACUGGUUCAAUGGGCCAGAGGCUCAGGACUCUGUCCAUCCACAGCCCCACAGCUGAGGCCAGUGACCCCGUGACCUUCAGCACAGAGUCCAGAGAGGAGCUGGACGAGUGGGUGGACGCCCUGCACCAGCAUCUGUACGACCAGAGUCAGUGGCUUCAUUGUUGUGACCAGUUAAUGAAGAUCGAGCUGCUGUCACCACGGAAACCAUCACUCUUCCUCACCAAAGAGGCGGAUUCAGUCUAUAAUGACCUGAGCAUCAAUUCACCGAGCAAAUUUGAGUCCAUCACCGACCUCAUUCACGACAAAAUAGAGCAGACGGACGGACGUUUUCUGAUUGGCCACGAGGAGAGACGGGAAGCGCCAAACUGGUCUUCACUUUUCGACGGCUCCCAGUCCGUGCUCGUGCAGAAGAGUGUACUUUCCCAGAGCAAAACCUCCACCCCGUACUCCAGCCCACUCCACAAUAAAACCACGCCCCCCGGCAGCGUCAAAAAGCGCCGCGCCCCUCCCCCUCCCACCAACCAGGAGCCGUACACCCCUCCGGCUCGCCCCGCCAGGCCCCCACCUCCUGCUCACCCCCCCGUCCCUGUCCACGAGAAAGAAAACGCCAACGCCUGUACUUCCCGUCCCACUCCUCGCUCCAAAACCGGCCGGCCCUCGCUGGACGCCAAAUUCUCCUCGAUCAUCCAACAGCUCCAGCGAAACAACGCCAGCGGAGCAUCGGCGCUCACCCGGAAGAACGCUCCUCUGGGGGUCCUCGAGAUCCAGCCUCCGAGCCAAGAGUUUGAACAGCACCCAAACCCCGACGCCAACGAACCCCGAUUUGUCCGACCCGCCUGUGGCACGGCGCCCGUCCCUGCCCCGAGGGGUAAAUUAAGAAAGUCCUUCAGAGACAGGAUUAGUCUUAAACCCCUGUGAUCUUUUGGUCUUAAAUUUUAAUUAUUUGCGUAACCACUAACACGAUAGACACGCGAACAGCGACGUGGGCGUGAUGUGUAGACUUUAUAUAGAAAUGGACAUAGCUAACCUGCUAACCGCCGCCGCCGCCGCGCUCCAAAUAGGAAGUGAUUACAGGGCGCGCUUAGGCUCCAUCGACUCACUUUACAUUUCAAAUCUGUCUCCUCUGUCUCUGCUGCUUCAGAUUCAUUUUGGUCUUAAAUGUUCGUAUUAACCCUCUACAUGAUCCUGGGGUUUUUAUUUCACUUUUGUGUCUGUAAAUCAACGUAUGAACUUUAAUAACAGACAAAUCAGGCGCCUUUUUAUCCCGGAAGUUGCUCUCACUACUUGCUCUGGAUUGGCUCUUUUGGUUGCCAUGAUACUUGCGGUCAGAAUUCCAAAUAUGGAGCUCAAAAUUCGCCGCUCUACCUGCUCCAGCUCCAUAUUCGGUUUUUCCGCCUUUACUUUGGAUCAUUCUCUGUGGCGUUGUUUCGAUUUCACUUCUGCAACGUCACAAGAUUUAUUUCCAUCCAGUUUUUACUCUUACUCGAGUAAUUUACUACUUUGUCCUUGAGUAAUAUCAUUAUUCAUGAUCGUGUGAAAUGAUCUAAAACCUUGACGUUGUUUUGGAGGACCAGGUCUGAGCAGCACGUUCUGUGUCUGUCGUCCUGGGACUGGACCCUCUUAUUAAUUUAAACACUGCCUGGCCAAAAAAAAAAAAAAAAAAGCCGCCACCAAACAAAAAAAAAAAAGGUCCCACACUCUAAUAUUUGGUUGUUCCUUUACUUUUGAUCAUUCUCUGUGUCAUUGUUUUAAUUUCUCUUCUUCAUCGUCACAGAUUUAUUUCCGUCCAGUUGUUGCAUUAAAGUUUCUCCUGUUUCAUUGACGCUGCUCAAAGAUUCUCACUGGGGUCAAGGUCUGGACUCUGUGGACGAUCCAUGUGUGAAAAUGGUGUGUCUGUCUCUCUCUUUCUGCUUCUCUUUCUCUCUCUGCCUCCCUCUCUCUCUCUCUCUCUGCUUCUAUUUCUCUCUUUCCCUCUCUAUGCAUCUCUCCCUCUGCUUCUAUUUCUCUCUCUCCCGCUCUCCCUGUCUUUCUCUGCUUCUUUCUCUCUCUGCCUCUCUCUCCCUCUCUGCUUCUAUUUCUCUCUCUCUCUGUGCAUCUCUCUCUCUCUGCCUCCCUCUCUGCUUCUUUCUAUUUACUUUCUCUCUAUUCCUGUUUCUCUCUCUGUGCAUCUCUCUCCCUGCCUCUGUCCCCCCCCCCCCCUCUCUGCUUCUCUUUCUCUCUUCCCUCUCAGCCUCCCUUUCUCUCUCUUCUUCUCCCUCUCUCUGUCUCAUGCUCCUGAUCGUCUCUUUCACACUUUAAUCCUGAUGAAUCGUGACAUUUUCAUCUUGGAAUAAUACCCUGGUCAUUCCGUAUAUUCCGGUGUCCGCUGACCUCACUCUGCUGAACCUGGACCGGACCGACUGCAGGAGGAGACGACCUGUUUGCUGAGUUAAAUCCAGGUGGCGACUCUUUUUUUAUUUCUUUUUGUCCAGGCAGUGUGAAGAACAGGUCUAUUAUGUAAACAGAUCAGAUCAGAAACGGCUCCAGGUGAAUCUUUUAAAACUCUCUCUUAAGACUCUUCACUCGCGUCCAAACCGUGGGUGAUUCUUGAUGCCAGUUGCCGGUUUGGCCCGAGCUCCGCCUCCAUCAAUCCUGCUAAAACGUAAAGCCUUAUUUCUCAGCUCUGCCACUGGAACAGGAGCUGGAUGAAAGAAACUUUGCAGAAAGCGGCGAUUGGCGCUGAUCCAUGUGCUGACUGCAAACAGUGACGGGUCUCUACUUCAUUUUGGACUAUUGACUUGUUCUACUUACUGUGAAGACUUUAUGGCCACUAGCAGGUUUUUUAAAAGGGAGAGGAUUUAAAGGCAAUUUGAAGCAGCAGUCAGUCCCAUAGUCUUUAUAAUGGAGUGACUUUGGCUUCAGUCAGAGCAGCGAGUGCCUGUUUCUAAUCCAAAACACAAAAUGUGAGCUCGACUGUGCAGAGCUGUGUCUAUUUGGACCGAGCAAUAAUAAAACCAUCAUCAGUCGUGAUCGUCGUAUGAUUUAGUGCAUUUUUUAAAGUUCCCACACGUCCUGGAAAUUCUGGAAAAUUAUCUAGACAUGAAAAACGCUUGGAUAUUUUCCAGGACAUUUGGCGUUU